AAUGUGUUAACUUCAUGGAACCCGAAAAACGACAUCCAAAAUAAGAGGGUAGUUUAUAUUUUUUUUCUAAAUAAACAAUAACAAAAGCAAAUAAACUAACAAUCAAUCAGCCUAAUUAAAUAAUAAUUUAUAUUGUUUAAAUAAUUAUAAAUUAAAUAUUACUUCAAGAUUUUAUAUUAUAAAAAAAAAGUGAUAAUUAACAACAAAAGUGUUUUAAUAUUUUCUCUUGGUGUUGCAAUGAUUUUAUUGAUGUGAUCAGUGAUGUUUAUUGUUGAUUGUAAACAUUGAUUACAUACUCAAUGAUUGUAUUAUUAGUCAACAAUUAUGUUAUUUAAUUAUUAAUAAAAUUAUUUAAUAUUAUAUUGAGAAAAAAAAAAGAAGAAAAAAAAGAGAAAGAGGGUGACUAAAAUAAAAAUAAUAUCAAGGGUCAUUUGUAAUUAUUUAUGGAGCCUGGAUGAUAAUGACAUAUUUAUUUGGCAAAAAAAACUCUUGACUGACGAUUGGAUGUGAUAAACUGGAUAUGUCGUAUUUGAUGAAGAAAGGAUGGGUUGUGUCAAUAGUCGGACAGACAUCAACGAUCUUCAUCCAAAUAUAUUUCAAGUUAUGAAUGUUGAUGAUUUGGGUAAUCUGAUAACACCUGGUAGACUUGAAGUAACUGAUACAGAUAUUGUAUUGUAUCAACGUGGUAAACAACCAGUUAAUUGGCCAUUAAGAUGCUUACGUCGUUAUGGAUAUGACUCAGAAAUAUUUAGCUUUGAAUCUGGUAGAAGAUGCUCAACUGGUCCUGGUAUAUAUGCAUUUAAAUGUCGAAGAGCUGAUCAAUUAUUUAAUCUUGUACAAACAAAUAUUCAGGUUUGUAAUAAUAAUGGUGAUACAGAUACAAUAUCACGUGAUUUAUCAAUAACACAACAUUCUGGUCCAACAUUAACAAGAAUGACAAUACCAAAUGAACCAAAUUACCUUGAUCCAACACCAAUAAGAUCAAAUAGUCGUUUAGUUACACGUUUUUCACACAAUCAACACAAUGGAAUUGGAAGAUUAAGUAGUGCUGGUAGUAGUAGUGGACCAUUAUCACCACAGGGUACAAUGGGUUCACCAUCACCACCACCAAUGAUGAUGCCACCACCACCACCGCCACCACUUCAACAACAUCCGUCCGCUCUUUAUGUUAAUGAUGAAGUUUUAUCAUCAUUUACAAUGGAUUUAGAAAAUAAUAAUAAUAAAAACCAAAGAAGAUCUGUUCAGAGAUCAUGUACAUUGAGUAGUACAACAUCAAGUAUUGGUAUUGCAUCUGAAAUACCCCUACCACCAUCAACAACAACAACAAUAGCUCAAUAUAACUCGGAUAAUUAUCAAAAUCAACCACUACCACCACAGCCACCACCAUUGUCAGCAAUGGCAUCAUAUAUGAAUAUUGAUAUUAGUAAUGAUGCAAGUCCAUUAUCACCAUCACAUAGUUUUUCGUUAUCAACAUUAUUACGUGAUGAUAAUAUUGAGACUGAUACAAACCAUGCCUAUAUGAAUAUCAAUCCAGGUAAUGAAAAUAUGGAUACAACUAAUUUACCAGUUACAACAACUAUUACAUCAACAACAUCGUUAUCAUUAUCAUCAAUAGCAGCUGUAUCAACAACAACGACAACAAUAACACCAAUAGCAACAAUAUCAACACCAACGUCAAUUGUACCAUUGACAACAACAACAGCAUCAGCAGCAACAACAACAACAAUGACUAAAAAAAUUAAAAAAUCACGUCCAUCAUUACCAACAUUAGCAAAUGAUUAUGAUGAUGGUUCACGUCAUUGUUAUGCAAAUUUAGAACCUGGCGAAAUUGAAAACUUAAGAAUGAUGAUACCAGCUAAUACAUGUAGCAAUGAUAAAUCAUCAUUACCACCAACAACACCAUCAUCUGAAUCAAUUAAAGAAGUAAAUUAUGCUAUACUUGAUCUUGAUAAAAAUAAUAUAACAACAAAUGAUGGUAAUAAUGCAAUUCCAUCACCACCAGAUUCACCAAGUAAUUCAUAUCCACAAAAAGGUUAUGCAACAAUUGAUUUUAAUAAAACAGCUGCGUUAUCACACUCUGUAAAUCCAAAUGUUGUUAAUGAUAAUGAAGGUUCACGUAAAACAAGGCAUAAUUCAACUAUCAAUGAUUUAAAUUCACCAACAAGACAAACGUCAUCAAUCAGUGAAUAAUUAUAAUAAUUUAUUUAGUUAAAAAGUGAUGGUUUUUCAUUUUUUUACACAAGUUAUUUUUUAUUAAUAUUAAUUUAAAGAAACAAAAAAAAUAUGGACAAAAAAUAAUAAUAAUACGUGCCUGUUGUAAAUGCUAGCGAGGAUAAUUAUUGUUUUUUUUUUUUAUUUAUUUAUAUUUUUUUUUUUCAAGAAAAUAUCGGUCUACAAAAAGAUAGAAAUAAUUUUUCAAUAAUAUACAAAAUUUUUAUAAGCUUUAAAUUUAUUAAUUAACUUGAAAUAAUAAUUUAUUGAAUUUUGAUAAAUUCUAUUGUUUAAUUUAGAAAUAAAUAAGGAAUUUUUUUUUUAUAUUAUAAUAUCAAGUGGCAUAUUCAACACCAAAAAAAAAAAAAGUUUAUCAAGUUGAGAAAAAAAAGAAAAAUUAAUAAUUUAUUUAAGAAUAUUUCUCUUUUUUUUUUUAUAUUAAAAAUGAAUGGAUAUUUUUAAUUGAGCUUUACAAUAACGUCCAUGACACAAUGAAAUUAUUUAAACAAAAAAAAAAGGUUUAUUAGAUUAUAAAAAUUAAUUGUAUGCCAAAGAGAAAAAAAAUAUGAAUUUAUAUUUCGAUUAAAUAUGUAACGAUGAAUUUUAUUGAAAUAUUAAUUAUGAUUGUCAAGGAGUAUAUUGAUGUUGAUAAGUAUACAAUAAAAUGCGUUUAAUUAGGCUAUAAAUAUAAAAUACAAUAACAAUAAUAUAUAAACAAUUAAAAACAUUAUUUUAGUUUGAAAAAAGAAUUUGUUCUUCCAUUACUAAAAGUGUUUAUUUACAAUGAAAAAAAAAAAUAUGUUCUUCCGUUAUGUUUACAUAUUUGUGCCAAAGCAUUUAUGAAAUUGAUGCAUCGAAUUAUUGAAAAUAUAAAUAUAUAAUUAUUAAUUAAUGAUAAUAAUAAUGCUCAGUCUUUAUUUUAGAUAUAAACAAAAGAAAAAAAUAUUUAAAAAAUUUUUAAGCAAUGAGUUUUAUGAUUUUUUAUUAAUUUAUAUAUAUUUUUUUUCAAUAAACAUUUUAUUGUUAGUUGAAAAUUAUAGUGUAUUAUAUAUAAACACAUAAAUAUAUUUAAAUAAUAAAAAAUUGUUAGGAUAUUAGGAGAAUGAAAAAAAAAAUAUAUAAUCGUGAAAUAAAAAAUUGUAAACUUGUGCGUCAUAACCAUGGCAGUAUUAUUGUCAUCACAACAACAAUUAUCACUUAGUAUUUUUGCCUUACGAACAAAGUGAAGUAUAAUUGUUUACAAAAAAAUAUUAUAAAUAAUAAACACGAUAUGUUCAACGCCAGUUAAUAAAGCUUCCACAUAAAUUAAAAAUCGAAACAACAAAAAAACAAAGAUAAAAUUCAUUCGAAAUAUUAUAAUAGUAUAAUCAUUUUUUUUUUAUAUUUUUAUUUAUCUAAAUAUUAAUUAUAAAAAAAGGCAAAUAAUUCAAUAAAAUAUUCAAAGGCAUUACAGAUUAUUAUCAAAAAAAAAUAAAAUAAAAAUUGUAUAUAAAAAAAAAGUGGUAAGCUGUAUUUUAUCGAGCAAGCCUGCGAGAUAAAUAAAUAAAUAAAUGCAGUAAAUGUUUGGCUGUGAAAAUAUCGUUGCCACAAAUAUUAUAAUCUAUUUAAAAAAAUAUAUAUAUAUAAAAACAAACAAACAUAAACAACACAGUAAAUAAAAUAAUAAAUAUUAAAUUAAAGGGUGAAAAAUAAAUAGUUCAAAAUAAAUUUUCAAUAGUUAUAAAUUCAAAAAGAAAAAAAAAAAAAAAACAAACAUAUUUUUCUAUUAGGAACGACUUUCUUGAAAAUAAAAAAAAUAUAUUUAAAAUGCCGAGGUAAUUGAAGCGGAAAUGCUGUUAAUCGCACAUAAUAUACAAUUUAAAUAAUAAUAAUUAACACACAGACAUUAAUUAUAAAAUUAUACGAUAAAUAAAUUUAUGAAAA